UCGCCCUUCCCUGGAGCGGGGGAUCCGCCAUGGAGCCGCUGCGGCCGCUGCUCGUCCCGUUCCUGCUGCCCGAGCGCUGCUUCGACGAGUUCUUUUUGCGCUUCCACCUCCUCAACGUCCCGUGUCUGAAAAUCCUCCUGAGCAAAGGGCUGGGCUACGGCAUCGUGGCGGGAUCCGUCCUGGUGAAGGUGCCGCAGGUGCUGAAGGUUUGGGGGUCCCGCAGCGGGGGGGGGCUCAGUCUCCCCGCGGUGCUGCUCGAGCUGCUGGCCCUGGGGGGCUCUGCGAGCUACGGCUGCGCCCGAGGCUUCCCCUUCAGCGCGUGGGGGGAGUCCCUGUUCCUGCUGCUGCAGACCCUCACCCUGCUCUUCCUCAUCGAGCACUUCGGGGGCCGCACGGCCCGAGGGCUGCUGCUGGUGGUGGGAUUUGGGGCGUUCCUGGGGGUCCUCGUGUCCCCCCUGACCCCCCUGGGCGUCGUCACCCUCCUGCAGGGGCUCAACCUGCCCAUCAUCGUCCUCAGCAGGCUCCUGCAGGCCGUGACCAACCACAGGCAGGGCCACACGGGGCAGCUCUCGGGGGUCACCACGGGGCUCCUCUUUGGGGGGGCCCUGGCCCGGAUCUUCACCUCCCUCACGGUGAGCGGGGAUCUGCUCCUGGCCACGACUUUUGGGGUCUCAGCCGCCUGCAACGGGGUCCUGCUGGCCCAGGUGCUCCUUCUGGGGGGGCCCCGGGACCCCCACCCCAAAAAGGAGUGAAGGACCCCCCACUCUGGGACCUCCCAACCCCCUCAAAGACACACAAAACUCCUCUAAAAAAUGCAAUAAAAGGGGGGGUUUGGGGGUGACCCCUCAGAUUUGGGACCCCCAAAAUCUCCCCCCGAAUCGUGGGAAACCCCCCAAAAUUGUGGAGACCCCCAGAAUCUCUCACAAGGAAACACCCAAAUCCUCCCCAAACCACCCCAAAACUGCAGUAAAUGAGGGGUUAAAGGGGGUUUUGGGGUGACCCCCCCAAGCUCUGGGACCCCCCCAAACUUCCCCGGGACCACCUGGCGGGACCCCAAAACCCCCAAAUUCCCCCAAAACCUCAACACAGGGGGGUUAAAGGUGGGUUUGGGGGGAGGGGGGGGACCCCAAAACUCCUCUUGGACCCCCCCCCAGAUCUCAGGGACCCCCCAAACCACCGGCCCUGAUCCCCCAAAUUCCAUGGACCAAGGUGGGGGAAGGGCUGGAAACACCCCCCCAAUAAAUUUGGGGACCCCCCCCCAAUAAAGGGGUUUGGCCCCCACCGUGUUUGUGUCGUCAA